AAUUGCUCCUGCACUGAACUAAAGGGUAAGCACCCUGAAAACUGUAGUGAUUAGAACAAAAGAAGAUCGUGUCUUUGGUAAACACAAACCUCAAAAAAACUUCACACAGACACCAUCCUCAAAGCUCAUAGAUUUCCUCAAAACAUCCGCGGUACAUUUCUUACACACAACUGACAACUAACACACAAAUCCAAACACAAAAGAAGGAAUCAUGGGUUUUGUUUCUUGUCUUGGUUCUGCUCCUUCAAUGGCUAUAUAUUGCCAUUUCCUGCUUCUUUCCUUGUUGCUUGUCCCUCCAGCUCUCUCCCAAGUCUCAGAAUUUGUGAGCAUAGACUGCGGAGGAACAACCAACCACACCGAUUCAAGAACGGGGCUCCAAUGGGUUUCAGACAGCAACCUAAUGAGAACUGGGAAUUCAGUUUCUAUCCAGAACCCAGAUGGGAAUUUGGAGCAGUACAAGAGAAGAAGAGAUUUCCCAAUAGACAGCAACAAAAAGUACUGCUACAACUUGGCCACGAGGGAGAGAAGGAGGUACUUGAUUCGAGCUACAUUCCAGUAUGGCAACUUGGGGAAUCAAGAUGCGUACCCAAAAUUUGAUCUUUACUUAGAUGCUACCAAAUGGUCUACUGUCACGAUUACGGAUGCAUCUAGGGUUUAUGUGAAUGAGAUGAUCAUAAGGGCACCUUCUGGUUCGGUUGAUGUCUGCAUAUGCUGUGCCUCCACUGGCUCACCGUUCAUAUCUACUCUGGAGUUGAGGCCAUUCAAUCUUUCCAUGUAUGCGACUGAUUUUGAAGGGGACUUCUUUCUCAAGGUGGCUGCUAGGGUCAAUUUUGGCGCGCCUACCAAGGAUGCUAUGAGGUACCCAGAUGACCCAUAUGACAGGAUUUGGGAUUCAGAUCUCGUAAAAAGACAGAACUUCCUUGUAGGUGAAGCUAGAGGAACAAUCAGGAUCAACACAACCAAAGACAUAUGGGUUGGCACUAGAGAGUACCCUCCAGUCAAGGUAAUGCAAACAGCAGUUGUGGGCACAGAAGGGACACUCAGCUACAGACUCAACCUUGAAGAUUUCCCGGCAAAUGCUAGAGCUUACGCAUAUUUUGCUGAGAUAGAGGAGCUGGGAGACUACGAGACUCGAAAGUUCAAGCUGACACAGCCUUAUUUCCCUGACUACAGCAAUGCAGUGGUGAACAUUGUGGAGAAUGGGAAUGGCAGCUACAGUCUGUAUGAGCCUAGUUACAUGAAUGUGAGCCUUGAUUUUGUUCUGUCGUUUGCGUUUGCCAAGACUCGGGAUUCGACUCGAGGGCCAUUGCUGAAUGCGCUGGAGAUCAGCAAGUAUCUGCAGAUUGCAGCAAAGACAGAUGACCAAGAUGUCACUGUGUUGAAUGCCUUUCGAUCACUAUCGCCUGGAAGCCCUUGGGCAAAUGAAGGAGGUGAUCCUUGCAUCCCAACUCAUUGGGAAUGGGUGACCUGUGGCAAGACUUCCCCGCCAAGGAUCACAAAAAUUUCCUUGUCAGGCAAGAAUUUGAAGGGAGAGAUCCCACCUGAGAUAUACCACAUAAGGGAAUUGGAAGAGCUGUGGCUGGAUGGGAACUCCUUCACAGGCUCAAUCCCAGAUAUAAGCAACCUUGUCAACCUUAGAAUCAUGCAUCUGGAGAGCAACAAGCUUACUGGUUCACUACCAAAGUACCUGGCAAGCUUGCCAAAUUUGCAUGAACUGUACAUACAGAAUAAUUCCUUAACUGGAACCAUACCUCCAACAUUGCUGACUGGGAAAGUAAUCAUUAACUAUGAACACAAUCCAGGACUACACAAAGAGGCAAAGAAAAAGAUGCACUUCAAGUUGGUGCUUGGAAUCUCCAUUGGCAUACUUGCAGCUCUAUUGCUUCUCCUGCUAGGAAGUCUGGUGUACUUGCUGCAUCACCGGCGAAAAAACACCAUUCAGAAAACAAAUGAACCAGGGAGCUCUUUCCGUGCCAGUGCCAAGCCUUCGACUGCCUAUUCAGUUUCACGCGGCUGGCAUCUAACAGAAGAUGGCAUUUCAUACUACAUUUCACUCUCCAAAAUUGAAGAAGCUACCAAGAACUUCUCCAAGAAAAUUGGGAGAGGAAGCUUUGGGACAGUGUACUAUGGGCAGAUGGAAGAUGGCAAAGAAGUAGCAGUUAAAAUCAUGGCAGAUUCCUGCACCAACCUCAACCAACAAUUUGUGACCGAGGUUGCCCUUCUGUCAAGAAUUCAUCACAGGAACUUGGUCCCAUUGAUAGGAUACUGUGAAGAACAGAACCAAAGGAUCCUAAUCUACGAAUACAUGCACAAUGGAACACUAAGGGAUCACAUCCAUGGUCUGCUAAUAAAAAACCAUGCCGAUUUAUUUCCAUUACCAAGCUUAUGUGGUUACCAAUUGCUUUGCAGACUCAAAAUUCAAUGACGUUUGCCAUGUAGGUUCGGUUAACCAGAAGCGAUUAGACUGGCUGGCACGGCUGAGGAUUGCUGAAGACGCAGCUAAAGGUCUUGACUACUUGCACACUGGUUGCAAUCCUAGUAUUAUACACAGAGAUGUGAAGACCACCAACAUUCUACUAGACAUCAACAUGAGAGCCAAAGUCUCGGACUUUGGUCUUUCCAGACAAGCUGAAGAGGAUCUAACACAUGUCUCGAGUGUGGCACGUGGCACGGUUGGUUACCUCGACCCCGAGUACUAUGCAAACCAGCAGUUGACAGAGAAGAGUGAUGUCUACAGUUUUGGGGUUGUCCUCUUGGAACUCAUCUCAGGGAAAAAACCAGUCUCUGCAGAAGACUUUGGUUCAGAACUCAACAUUGUUCACUGGGCAAGGGCUCUGAUAAGAAAAGGGGAUGUAAUGAGCAUAAUGGACCCGUUCCUGAUAGGGAAUGCGAAGAUUGAAUCAGUCUGGAGGGUAGCAGAAGUUGCGAUCCAGUGUGUCGAGUUGAGAUCAGUUUCCAGGCCAAAGAUGCAGGAAAUAAUCAUGGCGAUACAAGAAGCUGGCAAGAUAGAGAAAGGGGUUGACGAAAGCCAAAAGCUGAUGCAAUCUGUGGAUGGUUCCAAGGGACAAUCUUCCAGAAAGACAUUGUUGACAAGCUUUCUUGAGAUUGAUCAAAGCCCUGACUUUUCCAAUGGAUCAUCAGGGCUAGUCCCUUCUGCUAGAUGAUGAUGACCUAUUUCCUGUUUCUUGAUUCCUUUCACUUUCUCCUAACUUCUUCUCCCUCCCUCUAACAGAUGAACUUGUACAUCGUUGUUUUGAGAUAGGAGGAUAAGGAGGCAAUCGAAUGUAUUAGGGAAGUGUCAUCUCAGUUGUUUUUGGGUAUUCUUGUGCCUUGUGGUGCACAAUGGAAGUUCAUAUUAUAUUGACAUACUUAACUAUUUUCUGUGAGUGGACACCCCACGGAUUGGUUCUUUGUACUUUAUAGGUUUGGCAUGAUUAUGAGCAGGAAUGAGAAUCGGUAAGUGAG